UUCGUGGUCACAUGUUGAUCAAAAGCUGUCUGCUUGCAGGAAAUAAUUUGCUAUUUAUCAUGCAACCUAUAUUUUCGACUGAUUUGACCGCCGUUUGCACGAUAUGAAGUGAAGUAUACUUUUGAUUGUUACUAUUGCAUCUGAAAAUGACAGUCAUUUCUUGAUUUCUACGACGUGACGGAAGUUAUCAACUGGUUAUUUCGACAUUUUUGACAAGCCGAUCAGGCCAGCUGAUUAGUGAUCUCGCUUCUAAGAUUGCGGGUCACAGGAUCAGAAUCGUGUCAAUGUCACGUACGGUUCAUCUCUAACUUUAGACCGAUUUGCUGCCUGGCCUUGCCCAAUAUGCAACAAAUGAGAAACUGGAUAGGAUUGUUUCUCCUUGGAACAAUCAACAAUCUGCCGUAUGUCAUCGUCAACUCCGCCGCCAGUACUAUUGCCGACAGUUUUAAUGAGACAAACUUUGUUGGCCUGGUGUUCGGAGCUAAUGUGGCGCUGUCAGCGUUUGUCAAAGGCCUCAACACAUUUUUUCUUCUGAAGGUGCCGUUUAAGUACAGGUUCAUGGUGAAUGGAUGCCUUAUGCUGAUUGGUUUGAUUGGAGUGGCGUACUCCUUCAGCUUUGGAUUUGCCCUGGCCUGCAUUGUGGUGGUGGGAUCUAGUGCCGCCUUUGGGGAGAAUGUGACCCUCGGCUUCCUGUCUCAGUUUCCCAGCAAACUCAUCAACGCCUGGUCCAGCGGCACCGGCAUGGCUGGUCUCCUGGGGUCUUCUGUGUACAUCGUGUUUGGCUGUACUGUGGGCAAUGGAAGCGACAAGACCAGCAAGCUGCACACUCUCACAAAGUAUGCGUUCCUCCUGACGACACCGGUCGUGUUGAUCUACUGGGUGGCCUACUUCGUCAUUGUCCGAGUACCUACAACCCCGAUGUCAACUCUGUCUGUCAGUGAACCGGAACGCGAGACGGUAGAUGAGAAGACUCCAAUAAUACAACACUCUCAGACAGAAUCUGAGGGGGAGACUGAGAGGUGUGACCCUCCCGUCCUGGAGGAGACUGCCCUGAGACGUAUCUGGAGAUGCUUGAAGCUGGUCGGCUGGAUGGCAGGCAAUUUGGCAGCUGUGUAUGUGUUCGAGUACGUGGCCAGGGGAUGUGCCGCCAAGGUUCGGCCCAAGUCGGAAUACCACGUGGGUUGUCCCGAGCUGUAUGCCGCUCUCCAGCUCUGUUAUCAGGCCGGUGUGUUUGUGUCGAGGUCGUCCGUACAGCUGGUGCAGAUACAAAGGGUGGAAGUACUCUCUGCCUUACAGUUCAUCAACAUGAUCAUCUGGAUCAUUGAUGUGCACUACAAGUUCCUGCCGGUGGCGGUGUUGCCAGCGUUCAUGGUGUAUGUUGGGUUGUUGGGCGGGGCCUCCUACGUCAACAUCUUCUACAUCCUGCUCCACAGCGACCGCUUCCCCGCCAAGGACAAGGAGCUGUGCAUCAACCUCACGGCUCUGUUCAUCACAAUCGGAAUAUGCAUCGGAACUGGCAUGGAGACAGCACUGUUCACAACACUACUAAAGAACGACUAAUGUUCACUGUUGGUCUCGGGAUUUUUAACUGCGACAUUUCUGACAUCCUGUUUGGGGCAGGGCCAGUGUUGACCACGUUGGUGCACUUACCUUAUCUGUACCAUUCAGGGCGAAGUCAACAUCCUCAGAAAGCCGUCCCUGUGUACAUCAUCCCCGUGCCACCACUGUCGUCAUAGAAACCAUGUGCAUUACAUUUUCUUGAUGGUGAUAUUUUCUAGAGUAAAGGCAAUGUGCAAUAUAUCAUACAAGAUUUA